AUGAAGUUAUGGGAUGUCGUGGCCAUGUGUUUGUUGCUCCUGAGCUCCGUCGCCACCCGGCCUCUCUACCAAAGUAUGCAGCCAGCCAAGAGGAGCUUCUCCUCUUCCAGAUACUCUGAUUCUGCACACCAGUCCACACAGGGCCAGGAGGCCAAUUUGUUGAUGCAAAAUGACAUGACGGGUCAAUAUUCAGACCAGUUUGACGACAUCAUGGACUUCAUCGAGGCAACCAUCAGCAGACUGCGACGGUCCUCGGAAUCACACGGCCCGAGGGAGCAACGACAGAGGGGCCGUAGAAGAGGUGGCGGGAAUCGAGGAGGCAGGAAAGCGGGACGGGGCGAACGGAGCCGGGGGAGGACAUCGGCCCGCCCUAGUCGAGGCUGCCUCCUGAAGGAGGUCCACCUAAACGUGACGGACUUGGGUCUGGGCUACCAGACCAAGGAGGAGCUAAUCUUCCGCUACUGUAGCGGUCCGUGUGCUGAGGCCGAGACCAACUAUGACAAGAUCCUAAGCAACCUCAGCCACGGUAAUAAGCUAGACAGAGACGUGCCCUCUCGCACCUGUUGCCGACCGGUUGCUUUUGACGACGACCUGUCCUUCUUGGACGACAACGUGGUUUACCACACGCUUAAGAAACACUCUGCCAAGAAGUGCGCGUGCGUGUGA